AUGCCCUUAGGCACGACCAUACAUAACAUAGAAAUUACACUUGGAAAGGGUGGACAAUUAGCUAGAGCAGCGAGUGCUGUAGCGAAACUGAAUGCAAAAGAAGGGAAAUCAGUCACAUUAAAAUUACGUUUUGGGGAGGUCCGUUUGAUAUCCAAAAAUUGUUCAACAACAGUCGGACAAGUAGGGAAUGUUGGUGUGAACCAGAAAAGUUUGGGUAGAGCCGGAUCUAAGCGUUGGCUAGGUAAGCACCCUGUAGUAAGAAGAGUAGUUAUGAGCCAUGUAGACCAUCCACAUGGGGGUGGUGAAGGGAGGGCCCCAAUUGGUAGAAAACAACCCACAACCCUUGGGGUAAUCCUGCACUUGGAAAAAGAAGUAGAAAAAGGAAUAAAUAUAGUGAUAAUUUGA